CAAGUGCUAGGCGGCCCGGCCGAGGCGGACCGCGUGGCCGCGGCGCAUGGCUACCUCAACAUGGGCCAGAUUGGAACCUUGGAAGAUUACUACCAUUUUUAUCAUAGCAAAACCUUUAAAAGAUCAACCUUGAUUAGCAGAGGCCCUCACAACUUCCUCAGAAUGGACCCUCAGGUAAAGUGGCUCCAACAACAAGAAGUGAAACGCAGGGUGAAGAGGCAGGUGCGAAGUGACCCACAGGCCCUUUAUUUCAAUGACCCCAUUUGGUCCAACAUGUGGUACCUGCAUUGUGGUGACAAGAACAGUCGCUGCCGCUCAGAAAUGAAUGUCCAAGCAGCAUGGAAGAGGGGCUACACGGGAAAAAACGUGGUGGUCACCAUCCUCGAUGAUGGCAUAGAACGGAAUCACCCUGACCUGGCCCCAAAUUAUGAUUCCUAUGCAAGCUAUGAUGUCAAUGGAAACGAUUAUGAUCCGUCUCCACGAUAUGAUGCCAGCAACGAAAAUAAACAUGGUACUCGUUGUGCAGGAGAAGUCGCUGCUUCAGCAAACAACUCUUACUGCAUCGUGGGCAUAGCAUACAAUGCAAAAAUAGGAGGCAUCCGCAUGUUGGAUGGGGAUGUCACAGAUGUGGUCGAGGCAAAGUCUCUGGGCAUCAGACCCAACUACAUCGACAUUUAUAGCGCCAGCUGGGGGCCGGAUGAUGAUGGGAAGACCGUGGAUGGACCUGGCCGACUGGCUAAACAGGCUUUUGAGUACGGCAUUAAAAAGGGUCGGCAGGGCCUGGGCUCCAUUUUUGUUUGGGCAUCUGGGAACGGCGGGAGAGAAGGGGACUACUGCUCAUGCGACGGCUAUACCAAUAGCAUCUACACCAUCUCUGUGAGCAGCACCACUGAGAAUGGCUACAAGCCCUGGUACCUGGAAGAAUGUGCCUCUACCCUCACCACCACCUACAGCAGCGGGGCCUUUUAUGAGAGGAAAAUUGUCACCACGGAUCUUCGACAGCGUUGUACAGAUGGCCAUACUGGGACCUCCGUCUCGGCACCCAUGGUGGCUGGAGUCAUUGCCUUGGCUCUGGAAGCAAACAGCCAGUUAACCUGGAGGGAUGUCCAGCACCUGCUAGUGAAGACAUCCCGGCCAGCCCACCUGAAAGCGAGCGACUGGAAGAUCAAUGGUGCUGGUCAUAAAGUUAGCCAUUUCUAUGGAUUUGGCUUGGUGGACGCAGAAGCUCUCGUCAUAGAGGCGAAGAAAUGGACAGCAGUGCCGUCGCAGCACAUGUGCAUGGCCGCCUCAGACAAGAGACCCAGGAGCAUCCCCAUAGUGCAGACACUGCGGACGAUAACCCUCACCAGCGCUUGUGCCGACCACUCAGAUCAGCGGGUGGUCUACCUGGAACAUGUGGUGGUCCGUAUCUCCAUCUCACAUCCGCGCCGAGGAGACCUCCAGAUCUACCUGAUUUCUCCUUCAGGAACCAAGUCUCAACUUUUGGCAAAGAGAUUGCUGGAUCUUUCCAAUGAAGGGUUUACAAACUGGGAAUUCAUGACUGUCCACUGUUGGGGAGAAAAGGCUGAAGGGGAAUGGACAUUAGAAAUCCAAGACAUCCCAUCCCAGGUCCGCAACCCAGACAAACAAGGGAAGUUGAAAGAAUGGAGCCUCAUUUUGUAUGGCACGGCAGAGCACCCAUACCACACCUUCAGCUCCCAUCAGUCCCGCUCACGGAUGUUGGAGUUCUCAGCCCCAGAGCUGGAGCCACCCGAGGCUGCUCUGCCACCAUCCCAGGUUGAGAAUCCUGAGGAUGAAGAAGAUUACACAGCUCCUCCCACCCAAGGCUCUCCUAUUAUUUUACAGACCAGUAUGUGCCAUCCAGAGUGUGGCAACAAAGGCUGUGAUGGCCCCAACGCAGACCAAUGCUUGAACUGCAUCCACUUCAGCCUGGGGAGCGCCAAGACUGGCAGGAAGUGUGUGAGCAUGUGCCCCUUGGGCUACUUUGGGGACACAGGAGCAAGACGCUGCCGCCGGUGUCACAAGGGGUGUGAGACCUGCUCUGGCAGGGGCCCCACGCAGUGCCUAUCUUGCCGCCGUGGGUUCUAUCACCACCAGGAGAUGAACAGCUGUAUAACCCUCUGUCCUGCAGGAUUCUAUGCUGAUGAAAGUCAGAAAAAUUGCCUUAAAUGUCACCCAGGCUGUCAAAAGUGCGUGGAUGAACCCGAGAAAUGUACCAUGUGUAAAGAAGGAUUCAGCCUUGCACGGGGCAACUGCAUUCCAGACUGUGAGCCGGGCACCUACUUCGACUCUGAGCUGGUCAGAUGUGGGGAGUGUCAUCACACCUGCCGCACCUGUGUGGGGCCCAGCAGAGAAGAAUGUAUUCACUGUGCAAAAAACUUCUACUUCCAAGACUGGAAAUGUGUGCCUACCUGUAGUGAGGGGUUCUACCCAGAGGAGAUGCCAGGCUUGCCCCACAAAGUGUGCCGAAGAUGUGAAGAGAACUGCUUGAGCUGCGAAGGCUCCAGCAGGAAUUGCAGCAGGUGCAAAGCAGGCUUCACGCAGCUGGGGACCUCCUGCAUCACCAACCACACAUGCAACAACGCUGACGAGACAUUCUGUGAGAUGGUGAAGUCCAACCGGUUAUGUGAACGGAAGCUCUUCAUUCAGUUCUGCUGCCGCACGUGCCUGCUGGCUGGGUAGGGGCACCUGGAUGCCCACAAACGGGCAGGGCUCUCCUGUCCACCCAUCCAUCCAUCUACCUUCCUCCUGACUACUGGCCAGAGCCUGUUUGGGGCAGUCCUCUGAAACUGAUGGUUUUAUCUGCCCAGGAGCAAGGUCUUCUGCAACAUCUCUGGGCACCCAAGCCAGGUGGGUGGUGGCCCUUUAGGAGGUGUCCUAAGACGGUGAUAUCUUCUCAAAUGCUGCUUGCUAGCUGCAGUCUUCUGAUAAACUCUAAAUAGGAACAAAAUGAAUUCUGGAAAUCCACAGCUCUAGCUUUGGAGCAUCUUCUGGAACCAUAAGUUUACUGAAUCUUCAAAACCAAAGCAAAAAGGAAAGCUGCUUGGCAGAAUACAUUGUUCUCAUCCCCAUGCUUUCGUGCAGCUCUGUAGUAAAUCUCACUGGCCUGGCUGGCAAACCCUGGGCCAUCCUCAUUUGUGACAAAGGGCCAGCAUUCUACCUGUUCAUCUCCCGCCUCCCAAGUCUGUGGGACAGUUUGGUCAGACUAUAAAUACAAUAGGCUUGAGGGCAUAAAAGGUAUGACCACUGGGGAUGGAGCAUCUAUUUCUACAUAGUCAGCUGCUUCUGAACCUGCAGCAGUGGCUUAGAAAGUCCAAUGUCAAACCCAGAUCAGAAGAUUCUUUCUCUGAAGCCUUCUUCAAGCGAGCCCUGCUCUCCUUGUUACUAUGCAUCUCCUGUUGCAGAGCCUCCUGAGGAAGGUCCUUAGGAGACACCAAGCAAUUCCUCUUAAAAAAAUAUAAGCCCAGCCCACGAAUUGUUACUCACCAUCACUCCCCACUCUAUGGAAUUGCUUUCAAAGUGCAUUUGGCCUCUGCCCUUCAAGGAGACAUGUUCUUAAGGUAGAUGUUUCUGUGUCUAUGUAUAUUACGAGCCUACAUGACACAGCUGGAUUUAUUCUGCCAAAACUAUAGGCAUUUUAUAAGCUACAUGUUCUAAUUUUUACCAAUAUUAAUUAUUUUGACAAAUGUUUCAUAUAUUUUCAUUGAAAUGCACAAAUCUUGAACAAUUCCCUUUAUUACGGGAGUUAACAUUUGCCUUAAAUUUUUUCGAUCUCAUCUUUUUCCAUAUUGUCCCACUCCCCUCUGUGGCAUCAGUGCAUUGGCCUUGUCACCUAUGAGCUGCAGAGAACCUACCUGUUGUUUAUGGAAUCCACAACUUCAAAAGAAAAAUCAACAAAGCAAAUACAGUGUUAACCCCAAAUUAAUAAAAGAGUUAACAUCUCAUGGCAUAGAA